AUGGACGCCUUCUCCGGCUACAACCAGAUCAAAAUGGCGCCCGAGGACCAAGAGCACACGACCUUCCUCACUGAUCUAGAGAACCCGAAGAACUUCCAAUGGACGGCGCAAUGCGAAGAACCUUUUGGACAAGUCAAACAACACUUGGCCAACCUCCCCCGCCUUGCCUCAGUUUCUUUUGGGGAAAAACUCGGUAUCUAUCUGGCUGCCUCCCGGCACGCGGUUAGCUCCAUCCUAAUCAAAGAAGCCUCCGGUGGGCAACUACUGGUCUACUACAUCAGCCAUGUCCUGAAUGAGCCUGAGGAGCGGUACCCGCCAAUCGAGAGACUUGCUCUGGCGCUCGUGCUGGCUGCCCGGAAGCUACGCCCCUACUUACAAGCCCACCCGAUUGAGGUAAUCACCGACCAACCUUCCAGGCAGGUUUUAUCUAAAUUCGAUGUUGCAGGUCGGCUCCUCAAGUGGUCGGUAGAGCUUGGAGAGUUCGACAUACAUUACGUGUCGAGGACUACCAUCAAAGCCCAGUCGAUAGCUGACUUAAUCUCGGAACUCGUUCAGACUGAGGUUGAGGGUUCCGGGCAGCCUAGGGAAGCGUGGAUCCUACACGUGGAUGGCUUGGCUACCUUGAGUGGUGCGGGCGCGGGACUGGUGUUAUCAGCCCCCGAUGGGCGUUCGUUCGAACGCUCCCUCCGCUUCGGGUUCCGAGCAACCAACAACGAAGCCGAAUAUGAGGCACUCCUAACAGAACUCAGACUGGCCCUCGAGAUGCAGGUGAAUGCCAUCCACAUCCUCACCGAUUCGCAGCUGGUGGCUGAGCAACUCAGCGGCAGAUACGAAGCCAGGGAACCAACCACGGCAAAGUUCCUGGUAGAGGUAAAAAGCCUAGCCUCCAAUUUCUCUCACUUUAUGGUAUCUAAGGUGCCAAGGAGUCAAAACGAGCGAGCCGACGAGCUGGCUAAACUGGCCUCAAGGUUGGACUCCAAAGCCCAGGUCAAGAUUGAAGAGCUACCCUUUCGCGCCAUCUCGGUCUCGGCUAUAUCUUCAGCCGACGCGCGUGCCACAUGGGUGCAAGAGAUGCUGCGCUUCAAGCGCGACGGGAUUCUUCCCACCGACGAGGCUGCGGCUCGGCGCAUUCGCCGAAUGCAGGCAUGGUACUCCGAGGUGAACGGACGACUCUACAAGCGGUCCUUCUCGCAUCCUCUACUGUGGUGCCUCGGGCCUAAAGAGGCUCGGACGGUCCUGGCCAUGGUCCACGAGGGGAUUUACGGAGAGCAUAUCGCUGGACGGACCUUGGCCUACAAAAUCCUUCGCCAAGAAUACUACUGGCCCACCAUGGCAUGA